CAAACGCUGAACCUAGGAGGACGAUCACUGAAUGUCCAAGGUUACCGUGAACUUCGACCCCCUGGAACUUGAUCUACUUUGAAUCUAGGAAUCACAAAGCGGAUCAGAUCUAGUUUUAUAGUCAUCUGUCACAAUAACUUUUCCCGCGAGGUCACAAUUUCAGCUUCAUACCGAACACGACAGCCACUACGGCCAUCACCAAUCAACAACAAACCAAACAUGCCGCUCUGUAUACCUUCCUCCUCCUCCAAGACCUCUUCAAGUCCAUAUGACCCGACGAACAAGAGCAACAGGAUCUCGGAUGGUGGAUAUCCUCAUGGACCUGCGAAUGGAGGCGGGAUGAUGAGCGGGUCCGCAGGGAGGACGAAGAAGCCGGUGAAUCGGAAGUUGGUCGUACUUGGAGAUGGGGCUUGUGGCAAGACGUCAAUGUUGACGGUGUUUACGCAAGGUUACUUCCCGACGGAUUACGAACCAACAGUGUUCGAGAACUUUGUGGAGACUCUGACGGUGGAUGGCCAGGCGGUGGAGCUGAGUUUAUGGGAUACAGCAGGGCAAGAAGAGUUUGACAGGCUCCGUUCACUAUCCUACGCAGACACCCACGUGAUAAUGAUAUGCUUCUCGGUCGAACGGCCCGAAUCGCUGGAAAACGUAGAGGCGAAAUGGAUUGGCGAGGUGGAUCACUAUUGUCCUGACGUAAUGAUCGUCUUGGUCGCGCUGAAAUGCGACUUGCGAGAAGACGAGGUGGCAAACCGGAAAUUGAUAGAGAGGGGUCAACGAGGAAUUCUGUCGUACGAAGACGGUCUGGAAGUGGCUAAACGGAUACGAGCGCAUCGAUACCUAGAAUGCUCGGCCAAGAUGAAUCGUGGGAUCCGACAGGCGAUCGAGGAAACAGCGAGAGUAGCCCUUUCGAGAACGAAACCUGCUCAGGUACGGACAGCCGAACCGAUGGGCAGUCCACGCAAGGAGAAAGGUGGAGGUUGCGUAAUUGCCUGAAUCUGGGAUGAAGCGCAUGACGGACUGUAGAAUGACCGGGGGGUUAUGCGAUCGGGUUGUUACUGUAUCGUAGCGUGAUUUCCGGGAGUUGUGAACGCCGAAUUGGUCAAAUAUCGAUCGUAAUCUGAUUCUUCA